AUGAGCUCUUCUCCCUGGUUGUCCUGGAGGAGACCAUGGUGGUUUGCGCUCGUAUGUCUUCCGGCAGCGCUGGCUACCCAGCUUGAACAGGGUUUCCUUUUUGACUGGAAUCCUGCCGGUACAACCGUACCAGUACCUGUCACACAACAAUGUGACACCAUACACAUAACGUGGAGUAGGAGUUCAGCAACUGGGCCGAACCCUGUGGCACCUUAUUAUCUAGAGGUCUACACUUCCGCGUUCAUCGUACCCUUCCUUGUCGCGGCAGGUAGCGGUACAUCCUUCGAUUGGCAAGUACCAUUCGCGCCCAACACCUUGUACCAAAUAUGCAUGUAUGACUCAAAGGGUACAACUGGAGGCUGUCAAGAUAUCUUCACCGUCAUCGCGAACACCACGACAUCUUCACCAUCUUGCGCUAAUGUCACGUUCCCCGCUGGUGCAAUGGACGUAUCGGCGGAAGCAUCCGGUGCCUUCUCGCAGUAUGGCUGGAUACCACAGUGCUCGGGCAUCUCUGUUACGCCGAAGAAUGGCACUCCACCAUAUACCUUCACGGUCGCGCCGUCUUUACUACCCCCAAUCAACAUCACUUCGGAUAGUAAGGACAAUAUCAGCUGGACGAAUACAUUACAAUAUGGCAUCUCCUACUUCAUUUCUUUGGCGGACUCGGAAGGAAACCGAUGGUCGCAGGGUCCAUUGCAUAGCAGUGGAGGUUCAAGCUCCUGUUUGGACGACUCCGGCAAGCCAAUCGUGGCCAUCGCUGUCGGCGCUCUGGUAGGCGGCAUCGUUGCUGGAGCCGUCUUCGCUGGUGUCGGCUUCUGGUUCUACUCCCGUCGGCAAAAACGCUCUGCACCCUCAAGCGAGUUCUUGCUCGCCCACAACGCAGCCCGGAGCUCCCAGUAUAGCCAUCACUUCAGUGAUCCCAGCCAGACGGAUGCCAGCUUACCACUCGGUCCAUACCACCAACAGUCAGCUUCAGGUCGCAGCAUGAACUCACUGCCAGUAUCAGCACGCAAUCUGCCAUACCAAAUCGAGCCAUUUACACUGUCUACCGCUCCGUCAGACGCACAAGUGCCGCUCCUGACUCGACCCACGUCGGACGUCCCCACGACGCCCAUAUCACCAGGCGCAGGAGGCGGCGCGGGUCACGAAGCAACUGGCUCCGAAUCAUCGAGAAGACAACAUGUCUAUGUUGUGCAUCACGACGGCGGGGGGCCGCCUGUGACCGUCUACACCGACGAUGGCGCUGAAAUCACUGAGCUCCCGCCCACGUACGCUGAUAAUCGCGAGCGUGGACCGCGACAACGACGACAACCCGGGGAGACACCACGAAAACCUAGGCGAGGGAAUACCUCCCAGCCUCCUGGUUGA